AACGCCGAUUCGUGUGGAGUCCGUUUUCGUGAGCGGUCGUGGAUUCGCUUUCAGCACACGGCUUAUCACAUAUUUUUGUGAAGAAAAAUAUAUAAAAAAUAAAAAAAAAUAUUAAAACACAAAAAACGAAACAAAAAAAAAUUGUAAAAAGUAGCAAAAAUUCGAGCAAGUGUGUGAAAAGUAGACCUGGUCACCAAAUAUGGCUUCUCUAUACGUCGGUGAUCUGCAGCCCGAUGUCAACGAAUCGGGACUUUUUGAGAAGUUCUCGACUGCUGGUCCAGUGCUCUCCAUUCGUGUCUGCCGCGACGUUAUGACCCGUCGCUCGUUGGGUUAUGCCUACGUGAACUUCCAGCAGCCAGCCGAUGCUGAGCGUGCUUUGGACACCAUGAACUUCGACCUGGUUCGCAACAAGCCAAUUCGCAUCAUGUGGUCCCAGCGUGAUCCUUCGCUGCGCCGUUCUGGCGUUGGCAACGUGUUUAUCAAGAACCUGGAUAAGACCAUCGACAACAAGGCAAUCUACGACACUUUCUCCGCCUUCGGCAACAUCCUUAGUUGCAAGGUCGCUACCGAUGAGAAGGGCAACUCCAAGGGCUAUGGCUUUGUUCACUUCGAGACUGAGGAGGCCGCUAACACUUCGAUCGAAAAGGUCAACGGCAUGUUGUUGAACGGCAAGAAGGUCUACGUGGGCAAGUUCAUUCCACGCAAGGAGCGCGAGAAGGAGCUGGGCGAGAAGGCCAAGCUCUUCACAAAUGUGUACGUGAAGAACUUCACCGAGGAGUUCGACGACGAAAAGCUUAAGGAAUUCUUUGAGCCCUUCGGCAAGAUCACGAGCUACAAGGUCAUGUCCAAGGAGGAUGGAAAGAGCAAGGGCUUCGGAUUUGUUGCCUUUGAAACCACAGCGGCUGCUGAAGCGGCCGUCCAGGCCCUUAAUGGCAAAGACAUGGGCGAAGGAAAAUCCCUUUAUGUGGCCCGAGCCCAAAAGAAGGCCGAGCGCCAGCAGGAGCUGAAGCGCAAGUUUGAGGAGCUAAAGAAGAAGCGCCACGAGACAGAGUUCGGCGUCAACUUGUACGUGAAGAAUCUCGACGAUACAAUCGACGACGAUCGCCUGCGCAACGAGUUCUCCUUGUUCGGCACCAUCACGUCGGCCAAGGUCAUGACUGAUGAGGAGGGUCGCUCCAAGGGAUUUGGCUUCGUUUGCUUCGAUUCGGCAAACGAGGCCACCUGCGCGGUGACCGAACUGAACGGACGCGUCUUCGGCAGCAAGCCCUUGUACGUGGCUUUGGCCCAGAGAAAGGAGGUGCGCAAGGCUCACCUCGCCUCUCAGUAUAUGCGGCACAUGACCGGCAUGCGCAUGCAGCAGCAUCUGGGACAGAUCUUCCAGCCCAACACGGCAGGUGGCUACUUUGUGCCGACCAUACCACCAAGUCAGCGCUUCUUCGGCCACCAGAUGCCUGCCCAGAUGAGGAACACACCGCGCUGGGCGUCCCAGGUACGUCCCGCCGCCACGGUGCAGAGCGUGCAGGCCGGCGCUGCCGCCGCCGCUGCUGGUGGCUUCCAAGGCACAGCCGGAGCGGUGCCAGCACAGUUCCGUUCGGCUGCUGCCGGAGCACGCGGUGCCCAGACCCAGCAGGUGCAGGGCACGCACGCCGCCGCUGCUGCCGCGGCUAACAACAUGCGCAACACCGGAGCGCGCGCCAUCACUGGCCAGCAGACAGCUGCCCCACCAAUGCAGAUUCCCGGAGCCCAGAUCCCUGGUGGUGCCCAGCAGCGUGCUUCCAAUUACAAGUACACAGCCAACAUGCGCAAUCCCCCAGUGCCGCAGUUGCAGCAGACUCAGCCGAUGCCACAACAGUUGCAAGGAAAGAAUUCUGAGAAGCUCAUUGCCUCGCUGUUGGCCAACGCCAAGCCGCAGGAGCAGAAACAGAUCCUCGGCGAGCGUCUGUACCCGAUGAUUGAGCGCAUGCACGCCGCUCUGGCCGGCAAGAUCACUGGCAUGUUGCUGGAGAUCGAGAACUCCGAGCUGUUGCACAUGAUUGAGGAUCAGGAGGCCCUCAAGGCUAAGGUGGAAGAGGCGGUGGCAGUACUCCAGGUGCACCGCGUCUCUGAGCCCGCUAACUAAGCUCGAACAGUUCAAGCGGAUGAAAAUUUUACAAGAACACUCGACACCCAAAAACUUUCCUCUUAACUUUCAAUUCAUUAACAACAAUUCGCAUUCACUGGUGCUUAGGGCAUACAAGGAACCCCAAAAAGGACACACAUUAAACACAGAAGAACAAAGCGUUAAAAUCUCUGGCUUUUUUCAUUUUUAAACUCAGAAACAUCAGGAAAAACAAUUUCAAUCAUUUAAUUUCGAACGCAUUUAAGCAAGUACACGAAGCAAAAAGACGAUAGUCACGAAAAAGCAAUUCUGCCAAUAGAUUCAAGAAUUCUUUUUAUACAUAAACCACUUAAAUGAAAAAAAAUGGAAAAAAUGUGAAUUGAAAAACCAUUUUUGUUAUUGCUUUACCUAAAUCAAUAUUAUUUUGUAUGCGUAUGAAGAAAAAAAAAACACUGCAAAAUAAAAAGAUAAAGCAAAGAUGUCGAAAGCUGUUUGCACCAAUUGAAAUUGUUUUUCAACAAACGAAAAGUUUCUAGACUUAAAAACAAAUUGAGUUUUGUACACAUUUUUCUCCCUCACUUUCAAACAACAACACCGGAAAGCGUAAUGUAAUUUUUUUAAUUCCCUUUUCUCAAAUUCAAUUUUCAAGAAAGCUUUGUUUAGAAAAAAGAAACGCGACAACCAUACACUUUUAAAAAAGCAAAGAAAAUAAAAAAAAAAUUGCAAAAAAGUUAAAAUAACGAAAAAAUGUAAUGCAAACUGUGCAGAACAGAAGAGAAAGGAAAAAAGAAAACCGCAAGAAUAUGAGAGUCAAGUUUUUGCUACUUUGAAAAAAGAAAGAAAAUACAGAAAACCAACAGCUGAGGAAAUAUGUUGAAAAAAUGAAAACAAAACAAAAGAAAAAACUACAAAAAAAUUGAAAAACCUAUGUAAAAACAGCAAAAAAAAAAAAAAAAUAUAUAUAUAAACACACACACAUAUUAAACAAGAACAACAUAUAUGAGAAAUACAAACAAACACAAGAAAAAACAUAAAAGCGCUAAAGCGUGAAAAAACUUAUGAAAAGCAUACUGAUGAAAAAGGGCGAUGAAACCCCAGGGCGAAAAAUUGCAAGCAGGACUUUUAUGAUAACUAUUAUCUAAAAGAAUGGAAGUAAAAAUAAACAUAAAUACAUACAUUUAUUACAAUUUGCAAAAAUAUAUAUAUAUAUUUAAAGAGGGCUCGUAAAGCAAACAACGCCGCGAUUUUAUUUGCGUUCCGACUUUUGUUACAAAGAGAAUCCAUAAUAUUACCAGUAAAUAAUGUUUUUACACCAUACAUAAUUAAAUAUAUUAAAGAAAGGCAAGCGGAAGUAAGAAUUGCCGCCCGGGGCAGUGAAAUUCAUAUUUUUUUAUUAAACAAAUUGAAAACUAAAAAGAAAUAAAAACCAUGCAAAAAUCUUUGAAAAAAUUGAAAAACACAAAACAAUUUAUAUGCAAUAAAUUUAAUGAAUGAAAAAAAAGAAAACAUAACCAAAACCCGAAUUGGAAUGUUCAAGGAAGAUUGCGCGAGAUUUAUUAAAAACUAAAAGCAAAUCCAAAUUGAGCGAAGAAACCUUUUACUUUUCACAAAAUAUACGCAAGUCAACACACUUCUAUAUAUAGCAGACAUAUAUAUGUAUACUUAUAUAUUAACGCGAUAUAAAACAUAAUUUGUAUGAUUAAAAAAAUAGGAUUGUUGAAAUUUGAUUGCGCAUCUUUGAAGCAAAACCCAGCAAUUAAAACCAUUUGAAUGAAUUGUAAUGCAGAAAAACCGUAAAAAAAAACCUUUGUACACCCCAACAAAUUUAAUUACAAUAAAUUCCACUUCGGCAAAA